AUGGCUUCUGUAGAAAUAUACUACUUAUCAUUGACAAUUUUUCUUGCAUAUGGUUAUGAUAAUGUGGCUUUGAAUAAACCAACAUGGCAAUCAAAUCAGUACAAUGUAGGGGACAGUACAUUCGAUUCCAGUAAUGCUGUAGAUGGACAGAAAUCUGACCUCAGUGCGUGGGGAGGACAUUGCACUGUAUCAGCUGAUUAUCAGAGAACUGCUACCUGGUGGGUAAACCUGCAGUCAAUCUACAGCAUUCGUAACAUAAGGAUUUAUUACAGGACAGAUAAUGCUGCAUGGGAUUCGUCUAAUGGCUACACAGCAAGAUUUCUAGGGUUUUCUGUUUAUGUGUCAAACACAACAGAGAGACUAAAUGGUCAUUUAUGUUUCCGUGACACAAAUUAUGACAAUUCUACAAUUCCUGCCGUUGCCAAUAUAACAUGCCCAGUUCAUGGACAAUAUGUCAUCUACUAUAACGAAAGACUUUCAAAUGUUACAUAUCCAGAUGGCUAUUCCAAUUACGCACAUAAUGAGCUCUGUGAGGUUGAAGUUUACGAUAUGUUGUUUACUGAUGGAUACUACGGACCUAACUGUUCCCUCCCCUGUCCUGACAAGUGCCGUUACUGUCACGUAGAGACUGGAGUGUGCUCCUGGUGUAAACCUGGAUAUCAGGGAUAUCAGUGUGAAAAUGAAUGUGAUGAUGGCAGAUAUGGGCAGGACUGUGGAGAGAGAUGUGGAGCCUGCCUGGGAUAUAAACAAUGUCAUCACAUCAAUGGGUCUUGUCCCGAGGGCUGUGAUACUGGGUAUAAAGGAAACUUUUGUACAACAGGUAAUUUGCCUCGUAAUAAUGAAAUGAAUGUUCAUUUGGAAAGUUUGGGAAUAACUGUGAACAAGAUUGUAAUGACAACUGCGGAGUACCCAAUAGAUGUAACAGAACGACCGGGGAAUGUGUGGGCGGAUGCCAGAUUGGAUUUGAGGGACUUCAAUGCAGAAAUAAAUGUUCCAGUAAUAAAUAUGGCGUUAACUGUAGCCAGCCCUGUGGUAAAUGUCAUCCGUCGUCAUCCUGUCACCACAUCAAUGGUUCUUGUUCAGCUGGAUGUGGAAAAGGUUACCAAGGAACAUAUUGUUUACAAGUUCACCACAGGGACAAAUGAAGUAAACAAUCAAGUAUCAAUUAUUGGAGGGAUUGCUGGGGCUUUUAUUGCCUUCCUUGUAAUUCUGAUCGUGGUGCUGGUAUUGAGAAGGUAA